CCUGUUUCUGUUGAAAGUCGUGAAUUGAUCUGUGUGGGAAACGUCGGCAAAAACACUUUGAAAGUCCAGUUUACCUUUAAAGAAAACAAUGAAAAGAUGACACUCCGAGUUGAACCCAAAAUAGUUGUCAUUCCACGUGGAAAAGCAGUUGAAUUUGAAGUUUUCAUUCAACCAAACUGUUCAUGUAAAAUAGACGACAAACUUAUUUUGAUAUCUGUUGAUAUGAAAAAAGGAGAAAACUAUGAAAUGCCAAUUUUUAUAAAAGCAGAGACAGAGAUGUCGACUCGUUUAGACCCCAAUGAAAUUAAUGAAGAAAAGAAACUUGGCGAGGGGUCUUUUGGAAUUGUCUACAAAGGAACUUAUCGAGGGAAUGUCGUUGCUAUUAAGAAGAUGAAAUUGAACGGAAGUGAUAAAACAAAAGUAGACGAGUUUGAGAAGGAAGUCCUAAUGUUGGAUAAAUUUAGGAGUGAAUAUAUCGUCCACUUUUAUGGCGCUGUAUUUAUACCAAAUAAGAUAUGUAUGGUCACUGAAUUUGCACAAUAUGGGUCUUUACAAGACUUAAUGAAACAUAAAAAAACAGAAGAAGUAAAAAAUCCAACACGUAUUAAGUUAAUGUAUGACGCAGCAAAAGGAUUGGAAUAUUUGCAUAAUAAUGGCAUUUUACACAGAGAUAUCAAACCAGACAAUUUCUUAGUGUUUUCAUUAGAAAGUGGAAUUGAUGUGAACGCCAAAUUGACUGAUUUUGGGUCAUCAAGAAAUGUGAAUAUGAUGAUGACUAACAUGACAUUCACUAAGGGUAUUGGUACACCUACAUAUAUGGCGCCUGAAGUUUUAAAACAAGAAAAGUACAAGAAAAGUGCAGACAUCUAUUCGUUUGCUAUUACUAUGUACGAGUGUUUUAUAUGGAAAGAAGCUUAUCCAAAAGAAGACUUCAAAUUUCCAUGGAAAAUAGCAGAGUUUGUUAACUCUGGUAAACGAUUUGAUAAUACUCAAAACAUUUCAAAUGAUCUGUUUAAACUCAUUACAAAGUGUUGGUGUCAAAAUCAAAUCGAAAGACUCAAAAUUGAAGAUAUCACAAAGAAGCUUCAAACAUAUCUAAAUUAA